AGGCCUGAUAUGGGGCUGCCUACCCGUCGUAGGCGGCUGUCAGCAUACAGUGCGAAUCGGACUCCUUCAUGCAGUCAAGCACCACUUCCAGAAGCAUAGCCCGUCCGUCCGGUGCCUCAAGCGGUGGAUAUAUACACACCCCAGGUUGGCCCUUGUUUUGACGUCGGCCCCCGCUUGUGUUGUCGGGCUUCGAAGACUGGUCAUCGCUCUGGUCAACAUAAAGACCGACUUGCAGAAGACUGCGUACUUCGCUUCCUUUGUUCCCCUCGGCUAGACUGGCCUGCCAUGCUAUCGAGUUUCCGGUCAUCUUACCAGUCGAUGACCCGCAAGCGUACCCGCGACCAGCAGAGCGUCGCGUCUAGGCUAUCCUCAUGUUCUACCUCAAGUGGGGAAGACGAAGAAGACGAUGUGAACCAUCGCGUCUACCCGAACUGGUGUGGACAUCGGCACAUAAUCCAGCGCCGCGGGUUUCGUUUGGACACAUGCCGCGACGUGAAACAGCUAUAUCAACGAUACUGGGAGAGCCUAGCAUCUCAAGGACGCUGUGCACCAAACGAUUUACCAGGUUAUCUCCGGGCGUGUAGUGGAAGGAGUGAUGAUGAGCUAUGUCCUGACGUCGGAUUGCCCGAGAACCUAUUUCGCGGUACUCGUUGCGUAGAUGGUACACCUGUGGUCAUCAAAGCGGUCCAUCUACGCAGUCGUGAAUACGAUGUCGUGCGCUACUUGUCGUCACCUCCCGUCGGCGAGCAUCCCAUGAACCACUGUAUUCCAAUUCUCGAUCGGAUCGAGAUACCUUCCGACGACAUCGCAUUCUUAGUGAUGGAGGAAUGGUCGCCGCAUCUAGAUGCCGAUCCUCCACAUACUCUCAAGGACUUCCUCGGGAUAAUACGCCAGCAUUUAGAGCACAUCGCGUUUAUGCACGCACAUCGCAUUGCGCACCUCGACAUAUCUAUCCGCAAUACGGUCACGGACAACAAGAUGCGCUAUGCAUGCAUAGACUUCGAACUGAGCCGCCGGUUUGAUACGACCAACGCGCGGAUCAGGUGCUUGCGUGCCACAGAGGUGCCUCCCGAAGUCGAGAACGGCGAAUGCUCUGACCCGUACAAGAUCGACGUCUGGGCAUCGGGCAUGUUCAUACUGAAAGCAUCGCAGCUGACUGGUUUCCAACCACCUGAGUUGCUGUCGUUCAUCACGCAUAUGCUAGACGAGGAUUCAAUACGACGACCGACAGCACGACAGGCACUAUCUGUAUUCAACAGCAUAUUCCGGACCACUGACACGAAAAUCACGAGUCGUUGACAGAGUUAGAACAUACUCAACAGUCCUGCCAGCGAGACUUAAUCGUAGCCUACAUCGCCUAUAUUAUGAUAC